AUGAAGUUCACAACAUUCGCCGCCCUUUGCCUCGGCGCAGCCCAGGCCCAGGCCGCGCAGUACACUGACUACUUCUUCCGCUAUGCCGGCGGCAACGACAUCAUCAACGGCCAGCGCCUGCGCUCCAACAACUCGAUCGACUUUUUCUCACCCGGCGUAACCCAGCCACCAUACAACCCCGAAGACCAUUUCAUGCGCCUCACCACCAACGCGACCUCGUGCACGCCCCAAGCCAUCCUCACCGUGGUGCCCACCAAGCCGCACCCGCCGCCCGUCCCGGGGUACUACGGGCUGAGCGACCUGGAGGGGAUCGCGGACGCGUACCGGCUGGUGUACACGUACCGGCUGGACGACGCCGGGGCCGGGUUCCAGUACACCGAGUGGCGGCUGCAGCGCACGGGCGAGGCGGGCCGCGUGCUGCUGCGCUAUGCUGGGAAGGGGCCGGAGUGGAAGUGGAUUGCGGUGAGGGAGGCGAGCGCGCCGGGGGGGGUGGAGAAAUGGGUCCCGUGGUAUGUUAAGCGAUCGGAUGCCAACGCUGCGACUCUGGGCGAGUGGGAUAUCGAGGAGGUGGACUUGGAGCUGGUCCAAGCGAAGGGCCCGGUGAACUCGCAAGCGCCAGGGGGCGUUGAGGAAUAG